AGAGCCAUAAAGAGGCGGGCACGGCGCGAGCGGGACCGUUAAACGGGCGGCGGCGGGGGCGAGGUGUGGAGCGCGGGAGGGAAGCGGCUGCGGCUGGCCCUGAGGGGGCCCUCCCGUGACCGGGGUCGGUGUCGGGCGCGCAGCAGGGGCCAUGGGCGAGCAGAAGGCGGUGAUCAAGGACACGGACAUGGCGGAGGAGAUGCAGCAGCAGGCCGUGCAGUGCGCCCUGCGCUCCCUGGAGGAGCAGGGCGUGGAGUUCGACGUGGCGGCGCGCAUCAAGAGGGAGUUUGACAGGAAAUACAACCCCACGUGGCACUGCGUUGUGGGCAGGGAUUUUUCCAGCUGUGUCACUCACGAGACCAAUCACUUCAUCUUCGUCUACCUGGGUCACCUCGCUGUGCUGCUCUUCAAGUGCGGCUAGAGCCGCGCACCGCUCCCCCGGCUGUCCUCUCGUGACCCAGCUGCUGCGUGCUGACCCACAGCCCGGCGCCUGCGGCCUUACCGAGGAAGCAGAUCUUGGGCUUCAGGGGUGACAGCAGGGAUUGUGUUGUGGUGAUGGGUUUUCUUAUUGUAUCUGAGGGGAAGAUAGCAAAAAUAACCAUUCCUUGUGUUAAUUUUUUUUUCCUCACAGUUUCUUUGCCGAUAAAAAAUGUUGUUCUGCCUUUGAGAGUUUUAUGACUGCUUUAUCUCUUUCAUCUCUUUCUCUA